AUGAUCAGUGUUGUGUCGCGUGUAUUACUAUUGGGUGCGGCUUUAAUCGCUGCCGGUAAAGCUGGAACGGACAAGUGGGGGUACAAGGAGUCAACCGACGAAGAAUUGGGUCCUGCUGACUGGAAGGAAUCCUACCCGACAUGCGGUGGCUCCCACCAGUCCCCGAUCAAUAUCCCAGUGCGUAAACUCUCGCACAACGACUGGGGAAUGGCUCAUGCCCCGCUCAAGUACGGAGGAGACUGCAGCAAGUUCACCCUCAAGAAACUCGAAGAUCUGUACAAGUGGGAGAUCAACGGAGACGAGCACUGCACGGUCAAGUCCAUCAACUUCGAUGAGCGUGAGUACGGACUGGCUCAGUUCCACAUGCACGCGACGUCGGAGCAUGCGCUCGACGACUACCACUACGACGCCGAGAUCCACUUUGUCCACAAGGCAGUGGACGGUAGUGGCAAGAUCCUAGUGACCGGUGUUUUCCUCCACGCUGAGCCGAACAUGGAAGAGAACGCGUUCAUUAAGAACCUCUGGAAGGAUCUCGAGUCGGAAGAGAGCACCUUCAAUCUGAAAGAUGCCGGCAUGAACUACGCUGAGAUGUUGAAUGGUCUGGUGGCUAAGAGCCACCUUUUCAACUACAACGGCAGCUUGACCACUCCACCAUGCAGUGAAGUCGUGGACUGGUGGGUGCUCAACAACCCGAUCUCCAUUUCGUACGACGAGCUUCACCAAUUGAAGAAAGCGUACGGCGAUCUCCCAGCCACCAACGACGCCUCGGACAACCGCCCCACGCAAUCUCUAAACGACCGCGAGAUCAAAUACUACUGAGCUAC